AUGUUCUACAAUCAAGAUUACCUCUUGAGCAAACAGGCUGCUGGCUUGCACCUUGCAUGGCUUGCCAGUACGAUGAGCAAUACAACCGCAACUGCUUUCAAAAAGAUCUCAAAACGCGAAAUUGUCUCUUUUGACGUGCGCAAGACAUGCAAUGAGGUCGCUCGACCUGCACAGCCAUUGGCAUUGCGCACAUCAGGCAUUCUGAUGUACGGCGUAGUUCGUGUGUACAACAAACAAACUGAUUUCUGGGCUCAUGACGUUCAAGGCGCAUAUAAUGCAAUUCGCAAAGCUAUCUUACAGUCACCUCAUGGUGUUGUUCAGACGAUCGGAGGAAUCGCUGUUGUGGGUCAAGAUACAGGCGCAAUCGAUUUGCCUAAUCGUGGAAAACAUACACACGAAACCGUGACUGCGCCCUGCCUUUCAGAAUUGCAUCGUCACGGUUUUUCCAUCAGUGUUGAUUGGCUCGAAUUGACGGAGGAUCAAAUCUCUUCACAAAUUGGUGAUUUUUCAAACACGAUUAGUGAUAGUUUGAGCAUGUUUGGAAGUAGUCUCUAUGAACAAUCUUUGGGACGCGCUCGUGAAGGUAGUUUUGACCAUGGUCUGGGCAUCUUUACCCCUCAACAUCAGCCAUAUACAGCAGAACCAAACACGAUCAUGCGUCCUGGUGAAAUUACUCCUUUGGGUCAUCAAACCGAUCUCGGUAUGCUGGGAUUGGAUGAUCUGGACUUACCUCAAGCUCUUCAAGAUGGCAUUCAAUUGGAUUUAGGCCAGGACUUAGAUAUGACCACCACUGGUGCAGGUGGAUUCGAUCUCAAUGCUCUUGGAGACGACACUGGAUUUGACAUUCCUAUGGAAGAUGGCUUCCCUCAGGCACAGGACCAAAAUGCUCCUCAACACAACGAAGAUGAACGUCCGGCCAAAAGACCUCGUCUUGCCGUUGCUGAUCGUUCGUUAGAAUUAAGUUUUGCUCGAAUCGAAAAUAUUGGAGAAAAUUAUGCGGAGAAAAUGGCAAUUCUACGUGCAAAAGAACGUAAACGUCAACUGAUCAAAGAAGCACAACAACUUGCACGAACAAACAUUUUUGGUCCUGGUAUUGUUUUCAGUGGCUCAAACGUUUUGACUCAGCUUUGGACUACAUGCAUGGAUGCACGUUUAGCUCAACUUGGAAGCUUAGCAUCUCCUACCGAGUACCAAGAAGGGUUGGAUGGGAAUUUAAACGAUCACUUUGGUCAAGGCGAACAAGUUCCUUUCCAGGCUGACAAUGGAGAGAUGCCCUUCUUUGAUGGUGAUCAAAGUGGAUUCCCAGACCAAACAUUGGAUAAUAAUGCCAAUGACUGGGAUGUUGAAAUUGGUCGAGCUGGAAUGGAUAGUCAACCAAUUGAAAUGCCAUGGGCACGUCGUUCAACAAUCUUACCAGGUAUCGAUGAUACAACAUUAGCCGGCGAAACUACAUUAGGGAUAAAUACUCGUUCAUUUGAUAUCGAAACUCCAAGUGGCAUUCGUAGAAUCAGUCGUCGUAGUGAUCUCAGUCAUGGUACACCAGACCAUCGUCGCACUACUCUUAAUGCUGGAGAUGCCGGAAUUGCAGCAGCAGAAGGUUUUCAAUUGGGUGGCGAGGAAGGUGAGGCACAAGAGCAACUGAGCAGUCAAGCAAUGGCAGAACAAGAGAAUGUGCAAUUUCUCGAUUACGUCUCUGCAAUCCGAGCAGGAUUAAAGGAAGACGAUAUGUUGAUGUUUAGCGAUUUGGCGCCUGUAUCUGAUGCCCAACCUGCCAUUGCUGCUCGUGCUUUUUAUCAGGUUUUGUCGUUGGUGACCGCACGUAAAUUAUCGGCAAAGCAAGAUGUGCCUUAUGGUGAGAUUGUGCUCAAGGUUGUCUGA